AUGGCAGUGGCGAAUCUGCAGAGGCUGUCCUCUCAAGUGCAACGCCUCCCCUCCCUCUCCUUCUUCUCCAAAUCCCUAAUCUCGCGCUCCACCGCCACCACGUCCUCCUCCUCCUCCUCCUCCACAAAGAAGGUCUCGGACCGCAUCGUGCGGCUCUCGGCGAUCGACUUCGAGGGCAAGAAGCACGAGGUGGUGGGCCUGGCGGGCCAGACCCUCCUGAAGGCCCUAAUCAACACGGGCCUGAUCGACCCGGACUCCCACCGCCUGGAAGAGAUCGACGCCUGCUCCGCCCACUGCGAGGUCAACAUUGCCCAAGAGUGGCUCGACAAGCUCCCGCCUCGCUCCUACGACGAGGAGUACGUCCUCGUUCGGAAUUCCCGAGCCAGGGUCCUCAACAAACACUCCAGGCUCGGAUGCCAGGUCCUCCUCGACCACAACCUCCAAGGUAUGGUCGUUGCCCUCCCCGAACCUAAGCCCUGGGACACUUCCUAA